AUGGGGAUAAAAGCCGUGGAAGGACACUUGAAGUACCUUGGACUCCCAACUUUUGUUGGAAGAUCCAAGAAACAAGUUUUUGGAUUCGUCCAAGAUAGAGUGUGGAAGAAAUUGAAGGGUUGGAAGGAAAAACUCCUCUCAAGAGUGAGAAAAGAUGUGCUAAUUAAGGCGGUGGUCCAAUCAAUACACACUUACAUAAUGGGUUAUUUUCGAUUACCAACAGGACUUUACAACCACAUUGCAUCAAGGAUCAAUAAAUUCUAUUGGGGAUCAAAAGACGGCGAAAAGAAAAUACACUGGAUAAAAUGGGAUAAACUUUAUCAGUCAAAACAAAACGGGGGAUUGGGCUUUCGAGAUAUGGAGGCUUUCAAUAUGGAUCUUUUAGCAAAGCAAGGGUGGAGGUUAAUAAAGAACUCUGAGUCGUUGGCAGCCAGGACCCUCAGUAGCAGAUAUUAUAAUAGAAAAGACUUUCUGAGCUCAGACGUGGGUUUCUCCCCAUGUUUCACAUGGAGAAGUAUAUGGCAAGCAAAAUGUGUGCUGGAAAAAGGGGAAUGCUGGAGAAUUAGAAAUGGUGAAACAGUGAAGAUUUGGAAAGACCCUUGGCUCCCUAAACAAAAUGGAUCAAAACCAUGGUCGACCUCAACAACAUUGAACCCAAAUGCAAGAGUAGCAGAACUAAUGUUAGAAGAAGAAAAGGAGUGGAACACAGAUCUAAUCAACCAGAUCUUUCUACCCUUUGAGGCUCAGCAAAUCCUAGACAUUCCUAUCCCUAGCUCUAACCAAGUGGACUGCUUCUAUUAG